AUGGCUAAAUGCGCUAAGAACGGCUUUAACAUUAAACUUAAUUUCACAUCUUUUGAGACUAACAAUUACCUAGACGUCGUAAAUAUUUAUGAAGGUAUUGGACCUGACCGAAUUUUAAGAGCAUCACUUUGGGGAACAAAUCCUGGAACUAUUAGAAUCUUUUCAAACCAAGCAACCGUGGAGUUUACAACCGAUUCUAUGUCCAGUGGUUUUAGUGGUUUUGAAGGAAUGUAUUCUGUGUUCACCAUCAAUGAUGUGACAAAUGAAGAAAGGAUAGACUGCAACUUUGAAGAUGGGUUCUGCUACUGGAUUCAGGAUGUAAAGGACGAUGCCGAAUGGGAGAGAUUCAGCGGUCCAAAUCAUCCGCCACUUUCUGGGCCGGAUUCUGACCACACAUUUGGCAAUGAGUCUGGCUACUAUAUAUCAACACCACUGGGACCUGGAUUUAGCCAAAGAAUUCGACUUUUUAGUCUUCCUUUGAUGUCAUCACCAUCUCUAGAACACUUGUGCCUUAGCUUCUGGUACCACAUGUAUGGUAUUAGUGUAUAUCGCUUGUCUGUUCUUAUUAUAUUUACAAAUAAUACUGAACAAGUUAUUUUUAAUAAAGAAGGAAAUUAUGGCCCAAAUUGGAAUUUUGGACACAUUACAUUAAAUGAAAUUUCUGGAAAUGUGGUGGCACUUGAGGCCAUAAAGAAUCCAGGUUUUAGUGACAUUGCAUUAGAUGACAUCAAACUAUCUGCUGGGAAGUGCAAUGAAAGUGGUGUUGUCGAACCAACUCGAGUCCCUACUCCUCCCACUACUACCAUUCAGCCAUCGGACUGUGGAGGACCUGCUGAAUUAUGGGAAACAAACAGCACAUUUAGCUCCCCAAACUAUCCACAGAACUAUCCCAACAAAGCUGCUUGUAUAUGGUACCUAAACGCUGCCGAAGGCCACAAUAUUCAACUGCAUUUUCAAGCGUUUGAUCUCGAGAACAUAUACGAUGUUGUUGAAGUGAGAGACGGCAGAGGAGCAGAUUCGUUGUUGCUGGCCGUUUAUACAGGGACAAAUCAGGUGCCCGACGUCUUCUCCACAACCAAUCACAUGACCGUCUAUUUUACAUCAGACAGCUCUACCACAAGACAAGGAUUUGAGGCAAAUUUUACAACCGGUUAUCGCCUUGGCAUGCCAGAGCCCUGUAAUGCGUCUUCCUUCCAGUGUAACAGUGGGGAAUGUGUCUCAUUGAGCAGCGUCUGUGAUAAACACGCCGACUGUCCAGAUGGUUCUGAUGAGGCAAAAUGUGUGCAACUUUCCAACAGCAGCUCCAGCGGAAAGGUUCAGAUCAAGGUUCAGGGAGAAUGGCGUACGGCAUGUGCAGAUCUCUGGAUGGAAGAAAUCUCUAACACUAUAUGUCAUCAACUGGGACUAGGGACUGUAAACACAACAGCGGCCAUCCAGACAAGUGCAAAUGGGCAUUAUGUAAAAUUAACUGAAGCCACUGAUGGCAGCCUAAGCUUUCAACCCAGUAACUCUUGUGAUAAGGAUAGUGUUAUUUACAUUGAGUGCAACCCCAGAGAAUGUGGAAGAAGAAGAAGAGUGAACCUUUCCAAAAUAGUAGGUGGCACCAAUGCUGAAGUAGGGGCAUGGCCUUGGCUUGUGUCUCUUUACUUUAAUGGAAGACAAGUAUGUGGAGCUUCAUUGGUUGACAACGAGUGGCUGGUGUCUGCUGCUCAUUGUGUCUAUGGGAGGAAUUUAAUCCCAGCCAAUUGGAAAGCCGUACUGGGAAUGCACAAUAGCGCCAACCUGACCUAUCCGCAAACAGAAAGCCGAUUAAUCGAUCAGAUUGUCAUCAAUCCACAUUACAACCGCCGCACUAAAGAUAGUGAUAUCAUCAUGAUGCACUUAGAGCUACAAGUUAAUUAUACAGAUUAUAUACAACCAAUAUGCCUGCCUGAGAGCCAGGACAUAUUUCCACCAGAACUGAACUGUUCCAUUGCUGGCUGGGGACGGACCGAAAGCCAAGGUCCCGUUCCAAAUAUAUUACAGGAGGCUAAAGUUCCCCUCAUAUCCAAUGGCAAAUGUCAACAGCAAAUGCCAGAAUAUAAUAUCAGCAAUGCCAUGAUCUGUGCAGGGUAUGAUGAAGGAGGAAUCGAUACAUGCCAGGGUGACUCUGGAGGACCCCUUAUGUGUCAAGUGGAAAAUCAGUGGAUUUUGGUAGGUGUGACCUCAUUUGGCAUUGGAUGUGCCCAACCAAAUCGACCUGGAGUGUAUGCCCGAGUGACUACUUUUUCAGACUGGAUAUAUAAUUUUAUCAUUUAGAGGCAAUUAAUCAAUUAUGUAGAAUUGUACAAUAUCAAUCAUUUUGUAGUAAAAAGUUUCAGCAUUAAUUAUUUUGCUAACAAUGUAUUUGCAGUUAUUUUUGUGUCUUAAUAAGCAGAGCUGUCAGCUUGAAAUUUCUAUA